UCAAGUAAUCAAGUCCAAUGUUCCAGGGGCAAAACAGUCCAAUAAUAUGGCUCUAUUUCCUUGUCUGAAUAAGAUUCCUCCUUUCUUAAACUGUCGAAACAUAAAUUUCGUGUCUUUCUGCACUUUGCAAAGCCAGGUUGAAUUCAAUGCCAAAAUCCCAAAAUAGCAUACAAGAUUAAGGACAUUCACACUAGAAAAGCACAAUAACCCUGAAAAUUAGUUCAAAACACAAUAAAUGUGAGUGAAGCCAGUGUAGAUUAUUACAAUCUAGAGAGGCUCUCUGCAUGUCAGCAAAUUUUCCAAUUUGGUCCCAAAUUUACUUCCAAAAUACAAACCCCACCUGUUUCCCCCUCUUAUAUAAUCAGCAUUUGCUGUAUCUGAGCCGCAUUUUCUUGCUUGGGUGUUCUUUAUUUUGGGGUUCUUGAGAGAGCAAUUGAUACAAUUUUCUUGGGGUUUUGAGAGUGAGAUUGAGUGGUGCUGGGAAAUGGAUGAUUCUUCUUCACAUAAAGAAAUUGAGGAUGGCCUAAAAGAUUUUGGGAUUACCCUCAUCAAUCCUCCUUCUUCCAGUGAGGAGCUACUCAAUCUACUUGAUAAAGUAGAGUGUCUAUUGAUUAAGGUAGGUCAAGCCCCUGCCGAUUCAAUGAAAGAUGCCCUCCGACCAGUAAUGAGAGCUAUGGUCGGAAGUGAACUUCUAAAGCAUGCUGAUACAGAUGUCAAAGUUUCUGUUGUAUCUUGUAUCACUGAGCUUUCAAGAAUAACUGCUCCGCAACAACCUUACGAUGAUGGACUGAUGAAGGAAAUUUUCCAACUUAUUGUAAGGGCGUUUGAGGAGUUGUCUCAUUCCGGCUGCAACUAUUAUAAGGCUGUGAAUGUUCUUGAAACAGUAGCAGAUGUCAAGGUCUGCGUGAUAUUGCUGGACCUUGAAUGUGAUGCGUUGGUUAUAAAGAUAUUCCAGCUGUUUCUCAGGGUCAUCAGGCCCGACCAUCCUAAUGUUGUAUUCACAAGCAUGGAGGAAAUCAUGACUCUUCUCAUUGAAGAAAGUGAUGAAAUCUCAAUGGAGCUUCUUCAGCCCCUUCUUGAUAGCCUCAGAAAGGAAAAUCAGAUCUGUUCACCUAUCUCGUCAAAGUUGGGAGAGAAGGUCCUGAAAGAAUGUGCUUCCACCGUUAGACCUUGUCUUUUAGAAGCUCUCAAGUCAAAAGGCAUGAAUCUUGAUGAUUAUGCCGAAAUAGUUGCCGCACUAUGCAAUGAAAUGCCUGAGGGAGAACAAAUGACGGAAAAUAAAAAUGUGACAAAUGCCGUGUAUCCUGUAAAAGUUGCUUUUCCAUCUGCUGCUGUUAUCUGUGAGAUGCUGCUAGAAGAUGGGACUCCUUCAGAUAUUAAUGGUGCCUCUUCGAAAAAGGCUAAGAAGAAAGAGAGCGGGGCAAAUAAGGGUGCUCACCUGGAAGUGUUAGUUCCAGAAGGCGAUGUUCUGCAAUCUCAAGAUAAGAGAAACAGAUCGUGUAAGGGCACAGCAUGUAGCAAAAGAAAACCACGUCAGCGCUCAAGGAAGAGCGGGUCUGUUCCGAAAGGUGAUGUGCACACCACUUCUGGUCUUAACGUUGUCAAAAGAGGAGGAAACCUUACUGAUGCUGAGGAGUCACCAGUGCAACAAGUUGAUGGAAAAACACAGAAGAAUGACAGGGUUACCAUUGAUAUUCAUGAGAUUGAAGAAUCAAGAGAUGAGGAGAUUAAACUAUCAUUAGGGGAUGAAAAUCUCUCCAGCCAGCUUGCCAAAACCAAGCGCCGGAGGAAGCUUUCCAUGAGAAAGGAUGAGGAUUCUAAAAAGCGUCGCUUCACCAAAAAUUAUGGAGAAGAAGUGGUUGGUACCAGAAUAAGAGUUUGGUGGCCAUUGGACAAAGUGUUCUAUGAGGGUGCAAUUUCUACAUUUGAUCCUGUGAAAAGGAAGCAUGAGAUCACAUAUGAUGACGGUGUAAUUGAAAAUUUGAAUCUGAGUAAGGAACGGUGGGAGAUAGUUGAAGACAAUCCAUCCGACAAGAAGCAUGAAGCAGAUCUUCAAUGUAAUGCUGUUUCAUCCAUUCCAUCCACGAAGAAGAAAGCAAAAAGAACCUCCUCAACAAAAAAGGAAUCUGGAGUCUCUUCGUCCAAAAGGUCUAAAAGAAAUGCCCAAGAAAUUGACAUUGAGUCCCUGGAUAUUCCAAUUACGCAUAAGAUGAAUGAUGUUAUUGAUGUUGGUUGCGAGACGAGCAUUGGGGAAAAAGAAGUUGUGGACAAGGAAGAUAAUGAUAUCACACAGAAGCAGAGAUCCAAGACUUGCGAAAUUGCCUUAGAGAGCUCAUCAAUGCUUGAAGACCAUCCAUCUGACAAGUCCUUUUGUAUGCAAUAUGUACAGAAGCAUGAAGCACCUCCUCAAAGCAAUGAUGUUUCAUCUGUUCCAUCCACGAAGAAGAAAGCAAAAAGAACCUCCUCAACAAAAAAGGAACCCGGAGUUUCUUCAUCCAACAGGACUAAAAGAAAUGCCCAAAAGAGUGACAUUUCAUCCCUGGAUCUUCCAACUCCAGAUAACAUGAAUGAUGGUGCUGAUGUUGGUUGCGGAACGAGCAGCGGGAAAAAAGAAGUUGUGGACAAGGAAGAUAACGAUAUCACACAGAAGCAGAGAUCCAAGACUUGUGAAGUUGCCUUAGAGAACUCAUUGACACUUGAAGACCAUCCAUCUGACAAGAAACAUGAAUCAGAUCUUCAAAGCAAUGAUGUUUCAUCUGUUCCAUCCACGAAGAAGAAAGCAAAAAGAACCUUCUCAAUGCAAAAGGAACCUGGAGUCACUUCAUCCAAAAGGUCUAAAAGAAAUGCCCAAAAGAGUGAUAUUGAAUCCCGGGAUGUUCCAACUCCAGAUAAGAUGAAUGAUGCAUCUGAUGUUGGUUGUGAAACGAGCUGUGGGAAGAAAGAUCUUGUGGACAAGGAAGAUAGCAUCAUCGCUGAAACAGAGUCCAAGUCUUCUAAAGUUGCCUUAGAGAGCUCAUCGACGCUUGAAGACCAUCCUUCUGACAAGUCCUUUUGGAUGAAAUAUGUACAAAAGCAUGACGCUGUUCUUCAAAAAACCAUUGGUGUUUCAUCUGUUCCAUCAACGAAUAAGAAAGCAAAAAGAACCUCAACAAAAAGGGAAACUGGAGUCUCUUCAUCGAAAAGGUGUAAAAGAAAUGCCCAAAAGAGUGAUAUUGAACCCCUGGACAUUCCAAUUCCAGAUAUGAUGAAUGAUGCUAUCGAUGUUGGUUGCAAAACGAGCAGGGGGCAAAAAGAACUUGUGCACAAGGAAGAUAACAUGGUCACAGAAGCAGAGUUGAAGACUUUAGAAGUUGCCUUAGAGAGCUCAUUGACGCUAGUGGACUAACAACGUUGUCAAAAUGAAGGAAGCUAAAAUAUAAAGAUGCUGAAGUUUUGUUUGGGAAAAAGACAGUAGUCAUUAUUCGUUAUUAGUUCAAAUUUGAAAGUUUUAUAUCAUUAUUGAAUCACAUAGCUUCUCUAACUUUGAAAGCUAUGAGACACUUAGUUUGUUAAAGCGGUUUAUUUGAACGGAAUUCCAUGCUUUCGCCUUUUAAGAGCAUGAAUGAAUAUCCAACUGCUUGCUACUA